GGUGUUUAUCCCGACCAGAAAUACCAACCAAUUUCACUGAAUAGUUUAAAUGUGCUUAUGAUGGAGGUGUUAAGAUCAGUCUUGGUAUCUUAAAUAUAUCCUAAUUUCAAUCUGACCUUAACCAGAUUUUUCUGACUAACUCAACAGCAAUAGGAAGGAAGUGACUCUUGCUCCACCUACUGAACAAACCUCAAUUUUUCCCCAACUGGCCACAACGUUAGAGAAAGUAAGUGCAGUCUGUAUAGAAGCAUAAGCGCAAUGCUUUUGCAGGGUGAAGUUUCAGGAAGCCAGUAGGUCGGAAUUCUGCUUUCCAAGAUAUCCAAUACUUCAUAGUGCAUCAUUUCAAAAAGCACAGCAGAUCCAAUCAUGACCGUUGAGUACAGUUCUUCUACAGUAACACACAUGGAUAUGGACAACAAAGUUGGCUAUAGUCAAUUUUUUGAAGAUGGCAGCAAGCUUCGGUAUUCAGUUUUGGCUUUGAGGAACAAACCUUUCAAGGUUGCUGCAGCCUGUCUGGGGCUGAUGUGCGUUCUCCUGUUGGCUGUGAUCAUAGGUCAGAGUAUCCACUACAAAAAAGCAGAGCAAAACCACCAGAGCAACCUAACAGCCAUGAGCAGUGAGAAAGAGAAGCUGCAGGAGAACCUGAGGACGAUGCAAAAUGAAAAGAAAAGCCUUGAAAUUAAACAGAAUGACUUACAGCAAAGAAAUGGGUACCUAUCUAAAAGACAAGAUAAUCUACAGACCAAUAACGAUAUAUUGAGCAGUGAAAGCAGAAAUCUAAAACAAAGCCAAACCGAGUUAAAGGCCAAGAAUGAUGCUUCCGUCAAAGAGAUAGAACAGCUUAAAGCCAGUAAAGAACAGCUCCAGACUGAAAACAAUGCCUUGUCUAAAGCUAGAGACUUGGUAAAAUCACAGUACGAUUCAAUGUUCAAACGCAAAAAUGAGGUACAGGCCAGUUAUGCAUCAGUGACCAAAGAGAGGGACAAUUUACAGAACAAGUUCAAUAAUGCAACCAGAGCAAGAGAGCAGCUACAGCUGAAGUACAAUGACAUGAUUAAUAAAGUUGAGCAUUUGCAUGACAAGUACAACUUCUCCAACAAUGAGAAAGAGAGGAUAGAAAGCAGUCACCAGAACCUGACAAUAUCCAAAGAAACGCUGCAGGCUACUUACGACCUGCUUGCGAAAGCCACAGAUGAGUUGCGGGCUAAUUAUAAGUCUUUGGUUCAGGAAAGGGAUGAGCUUGAAAAAGCUUGCAAAAAUGCAACUGCGGAGAAAGACCUGUUGAAUGUGAAAAACGACAAACUGACUGCUGAGAGAGACGCGUUGCAGGUGGAGGUUGAGAGACUAAAGGUAGCAGUUCCAGUUAAGAGGUGCCCCACUGGUUGGACGACAUUUCAGAACAGCUGCUACUUCACGUCUUCGGCAAAGAAAAGCUGGCGUUUGGGCAGGGUAUACUGUCAAACCAAAGGCGCAGAUCUGGCAAUAAUAACAAGCUCAGAGGAAAUGACCUUCAUUAAUGGCCUAUAUGCAAGUGAUAAAGAAGUCUGGAUUGGUUUGACCGAUGAAGGGGUAGAAGGGCAGUGGAAAUGGGUAGAUGGGACACCAUUGACCACCACGUUCUGGGGUAAAGACCAGCCCAACAGCUUGGAAGGUCGGAACCAGGACUGUGUGGAGUUCUGGCACCAUGCUACUGGGAAGGGCGACUGGAAUGAUGAGAACUGUAAUUUGGAACAAAAUUUCAUCUGUGAGAUACAGUAGCGGGCUGUGCAUUUCUCACCUAAGCCUUCAGCAGUGUCCUACCUAAAUACAUCCACCUCUUAAUACCAUUAUUAUGACGUCAGGACUAUAGAAACCAUUCAUAUUAUACAGAAAUCAGUAUAACAGGGCAUUGCAUCAGAGACAGCUAUCUGAUGUAGCGAGAAUGAAUGCCAUUACUAAAGCAAGAAACCCAAAUAACACAAUUCAACAAGUCUCCUUUCGUUGCAGCCACAGCUUCACCACACACAUCAACUCUAGCAGAAGGAUCAAUCUUCACUUAAUAAAAUGACAAGAAAAUAUUAAAAAUAUAAAUGAAAGUCAUCAUUUGAUUAUUUGUACCCAAAAUCCAUCUUCCUUUCCUUUUUCAAGAAGAGUUCAAUUACUCAGUUCUACAGAUUCGUAUUUUUCUGGCACAACAUUUUCAAAAGCAUCGGUAGCCCUUUCCCCGGCUGUGACAGGCUUUCUAGCUUCACAAAAUAAAUGUUCCCUCCGCUGUCAUCCAUGGCAGGUUGAAAAAACAGCUUUAAAUCUACACGGAGGCAUUUUACCUUGUGCAGGUAGCUACGGCUGCUACAGAUGUGAUGGGCCAACAGCUCGCUACACACGCAAGCAUUUGCUAACGCUGACAACCCAAUCAAAUCAGAUAUAUCUCUUUGGCUAGUACUGAUAAUUAUCCUAUAAUUUGAGUAAAGCAUAUAACACCGUUUUAAGGACUUUCAAUUGGAGAUCAUGGAAAUAUCAAAGUCUGUUAAAAAUGUAUAUUAUGUGAACAAUUUAGAGACACUCACACAAAGCAGCUAAGAGCUACAACCUGAACAUGUAUGAAUUGUGAUGAUUUUUGUAUUACAAAGUUACAUUUAUCACCUAUCGCCUAUCUUGUGCUAGUGCAGAAAGUCAUGGUAUUGUGGCUUGGUUCGUGGGGGAUGGACACUCCCAUAUACAUCUGUAAAAUGCUGUAAAGUGAUCGUGUUAGUGGUUUAACUCAUUUAUGAAGUUUCAGCUAGCUUUAAAAUGUUUCCUGAGCCACCAGGUCCCUGUAGCCAACAGACAAAAAGAAAGACAGACAUGGUGAAAGUAAAUUAUUUUCAGUCAAUCUGAUAUGAGGGAUGGAAUCGUUUGUUUGCUUAUAUUCUAAUCAUAUUAAAAAAAGAUUAUAUGUUGAUUCAUUUAAACACAUAAAAUGAUUAUUUUAUUUUAUUUAGACGUUUAUUGAUCAGGGACAAAUGCAUUAAACAUUAUUUCAUAUGAAAUACACAACAGAUGUCAUGCAUACAAGUUUCUAGCCGAAGCUAAUUUGCAACCCCUGUCCCUGGUUAGGCUUUUGCUAUUAAAACUGAGUUCAUGAGCAAAGUUAAAAACAGUACGUUGAUUUUAAAGGACACAAUCUAGCUUGCGCCAUCGCUCCAAUGACUUAAUCUUCAAAGCAAACAUUUAAUUUGUGUGUAUAUGAAAUUUAGGGACAAAAAUAUAACGUCAUUCAUCUGCAGUGUAGUGAAUAUGAUCCAGGUAAUGGAAUGUGAUAUGGAAAUAUUUGUCACUAAUGUAUUGAAGCCUACAAUGGACUUUGUUAAAAUGGCAAUGUUAUGUUAUGAAAAUAAAAAAUACACUCUAUACUCAAAGGACUACCUACGGAAACCUGACUUCAGUGUCAUUGUAUAGCACAAUCAGUAGCACAAUCUGUAGCCUUAUUUUAACAAAUUGCUAAAGGUAGAAAGGUAGCCCCUGGUGUCACGCUUACAGAAGAUGUUUGACGUUCUACUCAAAGUCCAACUUUGCCGAAAGGACUGAGGAAUUGUAUUUUCAUUUUGACACCAAAAGCUAAUUGGGACAUGUUGAUCUCAUCACAAAAAACUGGGGCUUUUUUAAAAAAUGUGAGUUAAGUAAUGCUUGUACAAUGAAAAAUUUGGCUAGAUUGUUAACUUAGCAUUUUCAUUUUCAAAUGUACGUAACACUUGAACAUUGUCGUCUGUAAAUCAGGUAAAUACUGUAUGAAUUAAAUGUCAAAUGCUGUUUUGAUUUUAAA